AUGUCGAGCACGGCGAUUCACACGGGCACGAGCACCGCCUCGGCGCGGACCACCUCCACGCCCGCCUCCAAGGCAUCAUCCACAGCCAUCCUCACACCGGCCUCGCGGCGCUUCGUGCCCAAGGACCUCGCGGGCAAGCCCAUCCCGCACGGCCAGCGCUGGGCGUACUCGACGGCGGCCAUUGCGCGCGGCAGCUGGGGCUCGCGGGCCAUCAACCUCGUCGUCAUGGUGCUGUUCACGCUGUGGCAGCAGUCGCGCGCCGCGCACCGCCUCUACGCGCACCUCGACGCCGUCUACGGCGCCGCGGCCGUCAACGUCUGGGGCACGUUCCUCGUCACGUCCGUCUUCUUCUGGGCCUGGGGCGGCGUCUUUGCCGUCGCCGACCUAACGUCCCGCCCGCGGUGGCUCUUCCAGUACAAGACGCAGCCGUUUGUGCGCGUGCCCGGGAAGGAGUACGCGUGGAUCUGCCUCGUCUCGCUGCGGAACCAGGUGCUCGUCGCGCUGCCGCUCAUCGUCGGCAUGUCGCGCCUCACGCCGCCGCGGCCGGUGCACCCGUCGGCGCUGCCCGGCCCGCUGCAGACGCUGGCUACCGUCGUCUUCGACACGCUGUGCACCGAGGUCGGCUUCUACUACAUCCACCGCCUCUUCCACAGCAGGGCGCUGUACACGCGCUUCCACAAGCAGCACCACGAGUUCACGGCGCCCGUCGGCCUCGCGUCGACGUACUGCACCGUCACCGAGCACGUCUUCUCCAACCUCAUCCCCAACGCGCUCGGCACCAUCCUCGUCCCGCACCACUGGUCCCAGCAGUGCUUCACGUUUCUGUUCCUCGAGUUCGGCACCAUCUGCGCGCACUCGGGCUACAACAUCCCCGGCCUGCCGUCGAACCUGCAGCACGACUUUCACCACUUUGCGUUUGACGAGAACUUUGGCCCGACGGGGCUGCUGGACGCGUUCCACCACACCAACAAAAAGUAUGCAGAGACCAUGGGCGAGGCCCUGGCCCGCACGGACGGCGACGAGGAGCGCGCGAGGAAAAUGGUGCUGCAGCGCCUCGCGCAGAUUGAGGUCGAGGCGGACGAGGCGAAAGCAAAGGCCAAGAAGAAUUAG